AUGGCGACUAAUGAAGCAGCAUAUCUGCUGGAACCUCACCAAAUUCCUCUGCAGAUCCGCGAUGCUCCUUGUCCGUCAUCAGUCGAGCCCAAUACUAUUGUCGUGAAGAACCACACAGCGUACAACCCUUUUCCGUUGAAAUACCCGUUCAUUCUCGGUCAAGAUGUUGCCGGUGAAGUCGUUGAUGUCGGCCAAGGCGUUGAAGGAUUUGUAAAGGGACAGCGAGUUAUAGGGCUUUCAGAAGUACACACCAUCUUGUCUGCGAAUAUGGCUGCCCCAAUACCUAGUUCCGUCUCCUACGAGGAGGCCGUUGUUCUACCGCUCGCCGUGAGUACAGCAGCAGCGGGUCUAUUUCAAAAGGGCUUUUUAGAACUUCCUCUGCCUACCACAUCUCCUCAGCCGUUAGGAAAUACUUUAAUUGUCUGGAGCGGGAGCUCGAGUGUUGGUCUGGCAGCCAUCCAACUUGCGCGGGCUGCGGGAGCCGAUGUCGUGGCAACCUCCAGUUCGCGCACCCACUACCUCGUCAAGAGCAUCGGUGCUUCUGCAGUCUUUGACUAUACUAAGCCUACAGUCGUUGACGACAUUGUCGCACAUCUAAGUGGGAAAGUGGUCUUGGAUGCAUAUGACGCCAUUUCGAGCCAGCAGACCCCCCGGGCACUUGCAGAAAUUCUUACCAAGGUCAACAGCGAGAAGCAUUUCAUGGCCUUCACUGGUCAAGUUGAAAAGGAAUUACCCACCGGGGUCACUGGCAAAGCGGUUUUCAAUAACAUUAUUUAUGAUAACGUGCUUCACAUCUUCCGGAUUAAAUAUCCCUAA